UUAAAGCUACAGUAGAUGAACGUGAACCAGUUUGAAUACGUACAGUAUGAUUCUCAUAUAUGUCUGUCUGUCCUUCUUCUACAGAACGUGUUGGCCAAGGCCUUGUAUGACAACGUGGCAGAGUCUCCGGACGAGCUGUCCUUCCGCAAAGGCGAUAUCAUGACGGUGUUGGAGCGUGACACGCAAGGAUUGGACGGCUGGUGGCUCUGCUCCCUCCACGGCCGCCAAGGCAUUGUCCCUGGCAACCGUCUCAAGAUUCUGGUCGGCAUGUACGACAGCAAGCAGCCGACCACACCUUCCACGCCAGAUCCAGCCACUUCCUGUCCGCCCCCACAUGCGCAGCGACCCCUCCUUCCUCAGGGCGGCUACACCAAGCCAACGGCUGUGCCGUCGUCUGCUGCCAACAAGCCCCUCCCAUCAACUCAGUACACGUCUAUGCACCCGGCCUACUCCACCCCCAGCCCUGCACAGCCCAAUCCUGACUCUGUCUACAUGAUGCCCCCUUCUCACAGCUCCAAACCAAGUCCCCAAAGCCUGUACCAGAUCCCCUCUGGCCCAAUUGGACCCCCCCCACAGACCCAGCCAGGACCCCCCAGCAAGGGCCCAGCCCUAGCCCAGAGACAGUAUCAGCUGCCUGGGCAGGACAUCUACCAAGUGCCCCCCUCUGUAGGCCCAGGGCCAGGCCAGGCAGCAGCCCCAGCUGGGGGGACAGGAGCUGGGCAGGAUGUGUACCAGGUGCCCCCCUCCCUGGAUAAGAGGAACUGGGAUAGUAGCAACAAGCCGCUGGGCAAGGUGGUAGUUCCUACUCGGGUUGGACAGGUGUAUGUGUAUGACACAGUGAAACCAGACCAGGACGAGUACGACGUCCCACCCAGACAUCAGCCUCCGACCCAGCAGGACAUCUACGACGUGCCACCCACCGCCAGCAGUACAACACACAG